GCGGGUCAGAACCCCACGCAGCUCCGCCCGCCCGCCCCACUCGGCCGCGACCUUCCUCGCGCCGCUGGGACGCAGCGCAGCCGUACCGAGCGAGGUCCAGCCGGCGGCUGCAAGGCGCGAUGGCUGCCGCGGCCCUGCCCCCGGUCACUCGGCAGGUCAGCGGCCGCGCCGCCGCGGUCCCGAGCGGCCCCGAGUGCGGGCAGCCCCUGGCCGCCGCCGUGGCCGAGCUGCCGGUGCUGGAUGCCUCCGGGAGGCGGGUGCCGUUCGGCGCGCUGUUCCGGGAGCGCCGCGCCGUGGUGGUCUUCGUGCGGCAUUUCCUGUGUUACAUCUGCAAGGAAUACGUAGAAGAUCUGGCCAAAAUCCCCAAGAGUUUCUUACAAGAAGCAAAUGUCACCCUUAUAGUGAUUGGACAGUCAUCCUACCAUCAUAUUGAGCCCUUCUGCAAACUGACUGGGUAUUCUCAUGAAAUCUAUGUUGACCCUGAGAGAGAAAUUUAUAAAAGAUUGGGAAUGAAAAGAGGUGAAGAAAUCGCCUUUUCAGGAAAAAGCCCCCAUAUAAAGUCAAAUAUACUCUCAGGAAGCAUUCGGAGCCUGUGGCGCGCAAUGACCGGCCCUCUUUUUGAUUUUCAAGGAGACCCGGCUCAGCAGGGCGGAACCCUCAUUUUAGGUCCAGGUAACAAUAUCCAUUUUAUACACUGUGAUAGGAAUAGGUUGGAUCACAAACCCAUCAACGCUGUUUUACAGCUUGUAGGAGUUCAGCCUGUGGACUUUACAGGCAGACCUUCAGUUACCCACGUGUGACAGGACAGGCUCUGUCGCUUCCCACUGGACUCUUGGGAUGUGCCUGGAUGUGGGAGUGGAGUAUCCUUGUGCAGCAUCUAACUUGGUGGCUCUUCCCAGCCUUUGAGGAGUUAUGAAAACAUGAAGAAACCAAGUAGCAGUUGAAUUGCAUGCUGAGAGGAUCAGUUAUCAAAGGUGUGAUAUAUAUUUAUAAUUUUAUAGCUUUUAAAGUUUUCUACAAAAUAAAAUUUCAUUUAUACAAAAUAAAACUUUAAAAGCUAUAAAAUUAUAAAUACCAUUCUGUAUUUUACCUUAUAGUAUAUCUAUUCAGUGACAGUUUUAGUUGGCCAUUAAAACCAUAAGUUGUUAUGAAAAACAUUUAAGGGGAAGGUUAAGCAAGUCAAGACCAUUUUAUUCAUUGAAAAGAGCAGGAUAUCAAAUUCUGUAAACAAUAUAAUCACGUUUUUAUGUAUAUGUUUAUAUUUUUGUAUGCUUAGAAGAAAAGACAGAAAAUAAAACCAGAAUAUUGCCAGUAGGUGUCUCUAUGUGGGAGGAUUACAGGUGUUUUUAUUUUCUUUUCCACACUUUUCUCUAUUUCCCAAAUAUUCUAUAAUUAGCAUGAUUCAUUUUUUUUGGCCAGGAAAAGAUCUUUAAAAAUUAUAUGAAGAAUAUAUUCCUACAUAAGCAGCUCCACAAAGUGCUGCCACAUGUUUCUAUCCUAAUUGCUUUACUCAGAGGAAAUAUGACAAAGUGACCCUUUCAUAGAGCCUGUGCUGAGAGCACCUCAUUUCGCACACCCGCCAGCCACACUAGGAUGGGGGUGCUCAGAGCACCUCAUCCCGCACACCCACUACCCAUUUCGCUAGGAUGGGGGUGCUCAGAGCACCUCGUCCCGCACACCCACUACCCAUUUCACUAGGAUGAGGGUGCUCAGAGCACCUCGUCCUGCGCACCCACUACCCAUUUCUCUAGGAUGGGGUGUCAGGGAGCAUUAAGAGGAGAAAAAUAUGUUUUAGAUAUUUAAGAUGUGUAUUUAAAAGAUGAUGAGUAUGCUUUUUGACAGGAAAUUUUAAGAAUUGUUUUGACUGAAAACACUUUUGUAACUUAAACAUACCAUGGUUUGGUCGUAUAUUCCUAGACAGCUUCUAUUUCUCACCCCCAAAUUGCUUUUAUUUAGUGGAAUAUUGUCAUUGUUUAUUUCUCCAGAAUCUAAAUAUGCUUAGUUGGGAAGGGUCCCAGAAAUUCUGAUGAAAAGCAUAGCAAAAUCAAAAUAUUGGUAAUUAUUAGCAAGUAUAACUUUUAUAUAAAGCAUAUGAAGUCACACAAAAAUAUAUCUAUUCAAAGUAUCCAAAUAUUUUAAUGUAUUUUCAUAUAUAUACAUGGGCAAUCAUGUUUUUAAUCAAUAAAAAUGAAAUUUCUCAUAAAAUUAAGCAAUUUCG